CUCAUUUCUCGUGACACUGUCAGUUUGAGUUGAGUACUCAAAUAGUCAUAUCACUUGCAAUAGAUUCUCUCUCUCUCUAUUUUUCUCUUUUCAGAAACUCCCAACACACUUUCUUUCUAUAGGGAGGGAUUAGGACACUAGGAAAAACACAACACCUGGCCCAUGUACACCAGUUGCCUAAAUCAAUGUUGUUUUGUACCCCUUUUCCCUUUUUCAUCAUCUUCCUAUUUUUUGUCCUUAAAACUCUAUCUUUUCUUUUUCCCUUCUCUGCUACCUUAAUCUAAUCAGCAACUUAUUUCUUCUUCUGGUACUUCUGUUUGUUUUUUCUUUUCCACAUUUUUCUCCACAUGGGGUUCAUUCACUUCUUUGUUGCUACAUUUUCUUUCUGAAUAUUAAAGCUUACACCUUUAUUGUUCUGUUCCAUUUCACGAUUCCUGAAAUGGCUCACUUCCUGAGUGUUUCAAGUUUGAAUCUUUCUUUUUCUUUUUAACCCUUUCUUGUCUCUCCUAAUUGAGUCUCAAAAAGACUUCCCUUUUAUGAUUGGGUUCUAGCAUUUUCUUCCUAAUGGAUUCUUGAUUGUUCCAUUUUUUGGGGGGAAGAAGAGUGUUUUCUUGAUAAACAACCCAAAAAUGGAAACUUUGAGGUUGUUCACUGCUUUGUUAGUUGGUUUAUUGUUAGGUUGUCAACUUGGUAAUUCCCAGGUUCUUCUUGAAAAGGCAAUUGUAGAGGCAAUUGGUAAAGAGCUAGAAAUAUCUGUGUGGGAUCUGAACACCUCUAAUUUCUGCUCUUGGCAUGGCAUUAGUUGCAGUUCAAACAAUUCUAUGGUGGAAAGGCUGAAUCUUUCUAGUUUUCGGUUACAAGGUAAUGUGACUCUAAUAUCUGAGCUUAAAGCAUUGAAGUGGUUGGACCUUUCUAACAACAAUUUCCAUGGCUUAAUUCCAUCAGCAUUUGGGAAUUUGUCUCAACUUCAGUUUCUUGAUUUGUCUUUUAAUAUGUUUGGAAACUCUAUUCCUGGAGAAUUUGGUAGGCUCAACAACCUUAAAGCAUUGAACCUUUCAAACAACUUGCUCACUGGUUCAAUACCUGAUGAGCUUCAAGGGUUAGAGAAUUUGCAAUAUUUCCAAAUAUUUACUAACAAAUUGAAUGGUUCUAUUCCAAUGUGGAUUGGGAAUUUGACCAACCUUAGAGUGUUUGCUGCUUAUGAGAACGAGUUUAGUGGUGAUAUUCCAGUUAAUUUAGGCUUACACUCAGAGCUCUUGUUGUUGAAUCUUCAUUCAAAUCUGCUUCAAGGGACAAUUCCCGAGAGUAUUUUCGCUAUGGAGAAGCUUGAAUUUCUGAUCCUGACUAAUAAUAAAUUGACUGGCAUUAUUCCUGACUCAAUUGGGAAUUGCAAAGGCCUUUCAAACAUUAGAAUUGGGAAUAACAAGCUCAUAGGUGGCAUCCCUAAAGCAAUUGGAAAUAUCACUAGUCUUACUUAUUUUGAAGCAGAUAAUAACACUCUUUCUGGAGAGAUUGUCUCAGAAUUCGCGCACUGUGCUAAUCUCACUCUUCUUAAUUUAGCUUCAAAUGGAUUUUCUGGUACUAUUCCUCCUGAGUUUGGCCAGCUCAACAAUCUGCAGGAGUUGAUUGUUUCUGGAAAUAAUUUGUUUGGAGAGAUUCCAACAUCAGUUCUUAGGUGCAAGAAUCUCAACAAGCUUGACUUAAGUAACAACAAAUUCAAUGGAACCAUACCGGGAGAUAUAUGCAACACAUCCAAGUUACAGUUCUUGCUGCUGGGACAGAACUCAUUGAAAGGGGAAAUACCUCGCGAGAUUGGGAAUUGCAUAAAAUUGCUUGAGUUGCAAAUGGGGAGUAAUUAUCUUACUGGAAUCAUCCCUACUGAGAUUGGUCAUAUGAAGAACUUACAAAUCUCAUUGAAUUUGAGUCAUAAUCAUCUCCGCGGCCUGUUGCCCAAGGAUCUUGGAAAACUUGACAAGUUGGUUUCUUUAGAUGUGUCUAAUAAUCAGCUCUCAGGGAAUAUUCCAUUGGAGUUGAAGGGCAUGCUGAGUUUGAUAGAGGUUAACUUUUCAAACAAUCAAUUCACAGGCCCUAUACCCACUUUUGCACCAUUUGAGAAGAGCCUAAAUUCAAGCUUUCUUGGAAACAAAGGGCUCUGUGGUGAGCCUUUGAGUAGUGAUUGUGGAAAUAUAUAUGGUUAUGAGCACAAUGGUUACCAUCACCGAGUUUCCUACCGGCUCAUUUUGGCUGUUGUUGGUUCUGGUUUUGCAGUUUUUGUAUCCGUUACGGUGGUUGUUUUACUAUUCAUGAUGAGGGAGAAACAAGAGGAAACCACCAAGGAAGCUGGAAAUACCACUGAUGAAAUUUGUAGCAAACCGGUGAUCGUUGCGGGGAAUGUUUUCGUUGAGAAUCUCAAGCAAGCAAUAGAUUUUGAUGCAGUUGUAAAAGCAGUCAGGAAAGAUUCAAAUAAGAUUAGCACGGGCACUUUCAGCGAUGUGUAUAGAGCAGACAUGCCUUCUGGGAUGAUUUUGUCUGUUAAGAGUUUAAAGUCAAUGGACAAAACUAUAAUUCAUCACCAGAACAAAAUGAUCAGAGAGCUUGAAAAGCUAAGUAAACUCUGUCAUGAUAAUCUAACUAGGCCUAUCGGGUUUGCAAUCUAUGAAGACGUCGUUCUACUCUUACAUCAAUACUAUGCCAAUGGGACGCUGGCUCAGUUUCUUCACGAGUCUAGCCAGAGACCUGAAUAUGAACCUGACUGGCCGACGAGACUUUCCAUCGCCAUUGGAGUUGCAGAAGGGUUAGCGUUCCUUCAUCACGUGGCCAUAAUCCAUCUUGAUAUUUCUUCAGGGAAUGUGUUUCUUGAUUCUAAUUUCAGGCCUUUGGUUGGUGAAGUUGAAAUAUCCCGACUUCUUGAUCCGUCUAGAGGGACUGCAAGUAUCAGUGCUGUUGCUGGCUCAUUUGGAUACAUUCCUCCAGAGUAUGCAUAUACCAUGCAAGUAACAGCUCCCGGAAAUGUCUAUAGCUAUGGGGUUAUUUUGCUCGAGAUCCUUACCUCUCGAUUACCUGUUGAUGAAGCUUUUGGUGAAGGAGUUGAUUUGGUCAGGUGGGUUCACGGUGCAUCUGCAAGAGGAGAAACACCAGAGCAGAUACUCGACGCAAGGCUGAGCACCAAUUCUUUUGCUUGGAGGAAAGAAAUGCUUGCAGCUCUAAAGGUAGCAUUAAUGUGCACCGACACCACUCCAGCAAAACGACCAAGAAUGAAGAAGGUGGCAGAGAUGCUUCAAGAGGUUACACAAAGUUGAAUCAAACUUGUAUCAUCCAAAAGUUUGUUUAAUCUCAGACCUUCAGAUCAGGAAUGAAAUUCACUAUUCUUUGCCUACAGGACAAAAUAGUUAAAACUCUGUAUAUUGGCUGGGGUUACCACUGUAAUUUUGAUAUGACAUCAAAGAGAACAAGGAGAGUUUAGAUGGGGAGGGUAAAAGCCAGAAGCAGUCCUUGAUAUGGUUGUGAUAUGUACCAUUUUGUACUAGGCCUCUAAUCAUAUAGAGUUCUUUUUCUGCAGCAUAUGUAAAUGGAGGUUUGGCAUAUCAAUUUUUGUUUGCAAUUAGCUUAA